AUGUCCACCUCACUCGAGCAAUACAUCUCCCACUUCGAUGGCCUCGACGGCCUCCGAAAAGUCAAGGCCCCGCUGCCAUCCCCGGGACCGGGAGAGGUCCUCGUCAAGACCAAUGCCGUGUCUCUCAACUACCGCGAUAUGGAAGUCAUCCGCGGAGAAUACACGCAUCACCAAUCCGUCAACCAGGGGUCCGAGAUCGUCCCCUGCUCCGACAUGGCGGGCACCAUCACCGCCGUCGGCGCCGGGGUCACCAGAUGGCAAGUCGGCGACCGCGUGGUUUCCACCUUCGUGCCCGACCACAAGACCGGGCAAUUGACCGAGGCGGCGUUGAAGUCGAGUCUGGGUCUCCCGAGGCCGGGGGUGUUGGCCACGCACCGGAUCUUCCGGGAAGGGGCGCUGGUGAAGACGCCCGCGCAGAUGAGCGACGAGGAGGCCUGCACGCUUCCGAUCGCGGCUGUCACGGCGUGGAUGGCGCUGACGGGAUCAAACCCACUCGGUCAGCCGGAGGCAACGAAGGGGAAGUACAUCCUGCUUCAGGGGACGGGAGGCGUCAGUGUGGCGGGGCUGUUGUUGGGGAAGGCAUUGGGUGCGAAAGUGAUCAUCACCUCCUCGUCCGACGAGAAACUAGCCCGCGCCAAGGAACUAGGAGCGGACUUCGGCGUCAAUUACAAGGAGCGACCCGACUGGGAAAAGUACGUGAUGGAGGUCACCGACGGCCACGGUGCGGACAUCAUCCUCGAGACCGGAGGGUCGCAGACCAUCGGGAAGACUUUCGCCUGUGCCGCGUACGGCGGUCUGAUCAAUUGCAUCGGGUAUACCUCCGGCAAAACCCAGGUCGCGGGCGAGCAGCCGAAUGUGAAUGUCCUGACGAUCAGCCGUUGCCUGACCCUUAAAGGCUUCGUGAACGGUCCCAGGGACCGGUUCGAGGAGAUGGCGCAGUUUGCGGAACAGCAUGGGGUUCAUCCGGUCAUCUGCAGGACGUUUAGGUUUGACGAGGCAAAGGAUGCGUUCAAGUAUAUGGAGGCUGGGUCGCAUUUUGGGAAGAUUGUUGUUAGAAUUGGACAGUAG